CCCGGAUCGAGCGAGGAGCUGAGCCAAGAAUGGAAGGUGAAGGCAUCGCAGGUUCCUCGUCGGCGCUCCUCUUCUUCUUCCUCCUCCUCUUUGGAGACCUCUCCACCGUGAGCGGACGCCCCCUGUCCGGUGGCUUCGGGAAGCCUAGGCCUGACGAUGCUGCCGCCACCGCCCGAUGGCUUGUUGCGCAGAACUCAUGGGGCGUCCUCAGUACCAUAUCAAGUGAAUUAGGAGGAUCUCCAUUUGGAAAUGUUGUUUCAUUUAGUGAUGGGGUGCCUGGUGAAGGCUGUGGUGUCCCUUACUUUUAUUUGACAGCACUUGAUCCAACUGCAAGACAUGCUUUGGCCGAUGAAAGAUCAUCUUUCACCAUCAGCGAGUUUCCACUUGGAUCCUGUGGAAAGAUAGAUCCUGAAAACCCUACUUGUGCCAAACUUACGCUCACAGGGAAGCUGAAAUUGUUGGACAACCAAACUAGUGAAACAGAGUUUGCUCAAAAUGCACUGUUCUCUAAGCACCCUGAAAUGGAAGAUUGGCCAAAAGGCCACCACUUCCAAAUUUUCAAACUCUUGAUCAAGGACUUGUUCCUGAUAGACUGGUUUGGUGGAGCCAAACCCCUAUCGCCUGAGCAGUACUUCAACAAUUCGAAGAGCUCUUCCGCAAUGUAAUUACCUUCUCCACCUCUACAUCGACUGAUGGAUGAAAAGUAAUCGAGAGGAACUGGCUUGUCUUAAUGGUUCAUGGCAUUUGGAAGUUCUUCACGUCGAACUCUUCGAGUUAAUGAACAUAAUGUGAGAAUGCUAAUAUUUGUGUUAUGUGUGUGUCUCUAAUGUGAAUAUGAAUAAAAAUAAAACAAAUAUUUAUAACACCAAUCACCUCUAAUAAGUUUCAAUAUGUCAAAAAAAUAAUUCUAAAUAUUCAUCAAAUAUUUGUCUUCAUUUCAUUUUCAUA